GGAGUUAUAGGGAAUGUGUCUAAAGAAUACACGGAAAAUUAGUGGGAGUAGGGAUGGCUCUGCGAGCCAUCAUAGACUCGAUGGGCCGAAAUGGCGUCCUUCAAUCGCCUAAGGUAAUACGUAAAAUCUGUGUCUUCAUCGGAACUGUAUCAAAACAAUUACCUUUAAGGAAGCUCUCAGGGAGGGAAUUCCGGGGAGCUUGACAGGGGUAUUUAAUUAUUCUUGUGAGCCAGGGCGAUCUCCCAGGAGUGGAGCUGUUGUCGUGUAUUGAUUAGACGGAAGGCGGCUGAUGUGUGUGUCCGCGUGUAUUAUUUGUUUGGUUGGAUGAUGUGGGUAGUUGAUUGCUGAGGACUGUUGUUCGGUCAGGAGGACACACCUUUAGCCAGCCCCGUGUGCAGAUCCGGGUGCGGACGGGAGUUGCGCUUACAGAUCGCGGACGCAAGCUCUCAGCCGAAGAGAUGGCCUCUGCGAACGACACCAGGCAGGUGCAGAAGGAUGCGGCGGACCAGAACUUCGACUACAUGUUCAAGCUGCUGAUCAUCGGGAACAGCAGUGUGGGCAAGACCUCGUUUCUCUUCCGGUACGCGGACGACUCCUUCACGUCGGCCUUCGUCAGCACCGUGGGCAUCGACUUCAAGGUGAAGACAGUGUACCGAAACGAGAAGAGGGUUAAACUUCAGAUAUGGGACACAGCAGGCCAGGAACGAUACCGCACCAUCACCACAGCCUAUUACAGGGGCGCCAUGGGAUUCCUGCUAAUGUACGAUAUCACCAACCAGGACUCCUUUGGGGCAGUACAUGACUGGGCCACACAGAUCAAAACCUACUCCUGGGACAACGCUCAAGUGAUCCUGGUUGGCAAUAAAUCUGAUCUGGAAGAUGACCGCGUUGUACCGACGGAAGAAGGAAAGCGAUUGGCUGAUGAAUUAGGAUUUGAGUUUUUCGAGGCGAGUGCAAAAGAAAACAUUAACGUGAAGCAGGCUUUUGAACGCCUUGUCGACAUAAUCUGUGUGAAGAUGUCUGAAAGCCUUGAAGCUGACCCCACGAUGCUCAACAACAAGAACUCCUCUCUUGCUGAGAAUCCGCGACCACAGGAAGGCGGUUGUGCAUGCUAGGAUCCCUGACCUCUGACCUCUGGCCUGAAUCACCCACCACAGAUGUCACAAAGUUAAGAAUGGAUUUAGGGAGGGGAUGAAAUUUGACUUCAAAAUAUGUUUAAGGUUCAAGAUUAAAACUUGGCUUUCAUUUUUGUUAAUUACUUGGCCAAUCAUUUUUAUGUAAUGGUGAGGUGCUAGUCUCCGUUGACCAAACAAGUUAAGAAAUACCCUCCAACGCUCACCCAUUCAAGUCUGAAGCACCCAUUGUAAAGUCAUCAAGUGAACACUAGGAAGAGCUAAUUGACUUGACAAAGUUCUGCUCUGCAGUAGCGAGUGAUACCUGCACCAACCACGUUCUGCCGUCCCUUCUAGGAAGGGAUGUCUCCAAAUUUGAAAUUGAGAACUUAGGACUGAAAAAUUAAAAAUCAGACGGGCCACGUGCUUGGAACUUUAUGGUUGUUCUAUUGGAGGGAUGGAUCAGUGUAGGGUUUAAGUAUCACAGUUGUCUAUAACCUGGAAGGAGACCUCUGACCUCUGCUCCUUAUUGGCUGGGGAGAGCUGAGAUGUAUAAUCGGGGACUGGAGAUGGAAGUAACAUCUGCUGGAGCCUCACAGACUGUAUCCCCCACCAACCCCCCGCCCCCCGCCACCGCCAUCCUCGGCCAUGACUGCAGUGUUGGUGUUAGUACAAACACUAAUUUGCAGCGUUGAUCCCAAAUCCAGAGUAAUGUUAUGAUUGCUGCAGUGGAACUGAGAAAUUGUGCUCGGACUUGCUGAAUUAGUGUCUUAUGCAUCAGCGCUUCUGAUUUCCGUCCAGGAGGUUUACUCCUUGUGCCGUGGCGCCCACAAUCGGCUGACUCUGCCCGUGCGUUAUUAAUGUGACUCUCCGCUGUUAUGGGUGCGUGCCUUUCUGUCAUUGGUUUUCACUGCUGUUUCUCCGUAGAGGUAUGUGGCUUGGUGACAGGCUGUUCGGCCUAACUCAUCCGUGCUGACCAAGGUGACUGUGUAUGCUAAUCCUAUCUGCCGCUGUUAGCCUCAUAUCCUUAUAAACCUUUCCAAACCAUGUAACUUCCCAAAUAUCUUCUGAAUGUUGUAAUUGUACCUCAUCCCAUAUACCUAUCACCAUCUGUCCGGAACAGCUUGCCGCUGGGAUCCUCUUUAAUAUGUUCUCUCUCACCUUAAACCUAUCGCUUCUAGUUUUAGACUCCCCCACCCUGGGGAGCAAUGGUAAUUAUUUACCUGUUUUAUGAGGAACCUCAACAAUAUCAUCCCUCAUCCCCCUUUACCCCAGGCAAAUCAGUCCCAGAUUAUUCAGACACAUUUGUAUCUCAAGCCCUGCAGUCUGUGCCCGUGUGGAUGGUGUAGGAGAGACUUCAGGUGCUAGGGAUCUUGAGCAGCAUGCACAAACGCGGACUAUUUAUUUCUCUCCGUAGGCGCUGUCUGACCUGCUGAGUUCCUCAAGCAUUUUGUGCGUGUUGCUGAUGCUCGUGUUUUAAGUUGUCCCAGCAGUUAUAAUAAAUCAGUGCAGUUUUUGGAUGGGGUGCGUCACUUUGUAUAAGAGCAACACAUCCUUCUGGGUCACUCUGUGGAUGUCAAAGCUGUAACACCGAAUCAGAAUCAGGUUUCAUAUCACUAAUACGGCACAGGCCAUUCGGCCCAACUGCCUGGCUCUAGACCCUACCUGAUCUAUCUGUAUGUUCCAUACCUGAUCUAUCUGUAUGUCUUUUAUUCCUCCCUCUUGCUUCCCCUUCAAGGUAUCUCUGCUUUUCUCUUUGACCACUCCCAGAAAGAGUGUCAUACUUUCCAGGAUUGGAAGGUUUUCCUGAGUUUCCCCGGAGCUGUAACUGCUCUUAUCUCAGUAGUGCCAAGUUUUGGAAUCUCAUGCAAGUGGAAAGGUACUUAUCUGCAUCUACCCAAACAUGUUUUCCAUCUCUAAGGUCUUUUAUCACCACCUCGUCCACCCCUGAUCCUAGCGUAGCCUUCUCUUCCAGAGGAAUAAGCCUUGCCUGACCAGUCUCCUCGUCUAGUCCAUCUUCUUGGUCUUGAGAAUGUCCUUGCUUUUUGCAUGGAACCAACACCAAUUGUAAACCUUUUUUUUUCCCUCUCCUCCCCAGUGUUGUUGCAUGGACAGAGACCAGACCUGCACACGUUGCUCUGAAUAAUCAAACAAAGGAGUGUGGGUGUGUGGCUUCCUCAGCCUUAAAGGACAUUAGCAUGCAGAGGAAGUGGGUGCAAUUUCACUCAAUGUUUCAGGCCGAUCCUAUGACUAAGAUUCAGGUGACCCUAUGUCUAAGAUUCAGGUGACCCUAUGACGAAGAUUCAGGUGACCCUAUGACUAAGAUUCAGGUGACCCUAUGUCUAAGAUUCAGGUGACCCUAUGACGAAGAUUCAGGUGACCCUAUGUCUAAGAUUCGGGUGACCCUAUGACUAAGAUUCAGGUGACCCUAUGACGAAGAUUCAGGUGACCCUAUGUCUAAGAUUCAGGUGACCCUAUGACGAAGAUUCAGGUGACCCUAUGUCUAAGAUUCAGGUGACCCUAUGACUAAGAUUCAGGUGACCCUAUGUCUAAGAUUCAGGUGACCCUAUGACUAAGGUGCUAUUUCUCCUUCUUGAGGGAACCUCUCUGUGCAAGGUGACACCUUGCUUGUUGUUAUCCCUGUGAUUCAGUGUGAAGAGUAACAAUAUCAGCUAUUGUUAACUAUUGAGUGCCUGUCUCAGCUGCUAACAGCUACCUGUACAUAACCAUAGAUAAUCCAUUUUGUCCAGGGGCCAACCAGUGCCAGUAUUCUGACAUUCAGCUCAGCCACCGUAGCCUCGAGAGCUGACUGAUGCUGAAAGAAAGAAGUGCAUUUCCAUAGCACCCUUCAUACCCUCUUGUCAAGCCAAAGGGCUUUACAGCGGUUUUCCAUUGGCCGUGUUGUUGAAUGGAAGAUGAGGUGGAGACGGUGAUGGGCGGCCUUUCUCCAGUCUUGUACCAAGUAUCAUUCCAGCUUCAAACUGGGUGAUAAUCACACUGGCUUAAAAGAAAAGCCAAUGGUCUGGGGUGAUCACACGCAACCAAUUAGCAUGUAGUGAUCUGUUUGGUAUGAACUUACUAAUUAUCUCAUGACACAGAGACUAUACGGCCCGUCAGGUCCACUCCCAUUUCAAGAAUGCAUUCCCAUUUGUCUUAUUUCCUCAUGCCCUGAAAAUUAUUCUCUCCCACACACACGCACACACGUCCAUCAUCUUCCUUUUGAAUCUUUUUGCCUUUAACCUACACUGGUGUCUAACUUACAGGAGAUAAAUAAGCUAACAGCACAUUUUUGGGAUGCAGCAGGAACCUGGAGCAAUCGGGGGUAACCCAAUGCGGAGGGGGUAAGCUCAGUCUCAGCACAGACAGUAUCAGAGGUCAGGAUCCAACAGGGACACCAACCGUGAGGGAGUGGCUCUAACUGGGCCAAGGGGAGGGGAGGAGGGAAGCGUGGGGAAGAGAAAGGAGGGAGGGAGAGGC